AUGACUAUGUAUCCAAUUGAACUUCCUAUCAGCGAUGCAUCCCCCGAUCGGGGAGCCAUCCCGAGCUCCCCAGCAACCGACACCUACCAGCUGUUCCUGGCAGUGUACCACCGCGGCGAGCUCUCUCUUGGCGACUACCGAAAGCGCCUGGGCUUCUCUGCAUACCAUUGGUGCAUCCUCGUCCUGGACACCAAGAACGACCGCUACUACGCUUACGACGUGACUGAUGGAUCCUCGCCCGACCCGGUGUUUCGCCGCGACCUCAACCCCGACUUCCAAUGGACCUACCGUGUCAAGACCAACGUCCGCCCGGAGUCGUGUGCCUCUCUUCUCAUUCGAAUGGCAAUCGGCGAAGUCAACGAUGGAAUCGGCCCCGAGACUAUCAAGAUCCUGCUCCAGUCUGUUCAGCUGCCGAUUAAGGGUGCUUAUCCGCCCCAGAACUGUGUCAACUGGAUCAGGGCUGUUCUUCACAAGCUUCGCUUCCAUGGCUAUGCCCGUGACCUGCACAACAUCGAGAUGACUAUUGAUCGUGCUCUUGCUUAUGCUGAUCUUCGUAUGUCCGACCCUGACAACUCUGUCGCUGUUGUCGAUCACCUUGGCAAUGAGUUGUUCAAGACAUAUAUUUGA